AUGAGGACUGAAGCCGCCGUUAAUUCCCAGGGCCGGACUAACUGUCUAACAAAUGAUUCGGACCAGGAUGUAGCCCUCAAACUUGCCCAGGAGCGAGCCGAAAUAGUUGCUAAAUAUGACAGAGGACGAGAAGGUGCAGAGAUUGAACCUUGGGAGGAUGCUGAUUACCUUGUUUACAAAGUCACGGACAGAUUUGGCUUUUUACACGAGGAGGAGCUCCCAUAUCAUAAUGCGGCUGUGGAACGGCAAAAACAACUGGAAAUUGAAAGAACGACUAAGUGGUUGAAAAUGCUAAAAGGAUGGGAAAAAUAUAAGAACACUGAAAAGUUUCAUAGGAGAAUUUACAAAGGAAUCCCACUCCAGCUCAGAGGUGAAGUCUGGGCUCUACUUCUGGAGAUCCCUAAAAUGAAAGAAGAAACAAGAGACCUUUAUAGUAAAUUAAAGCACAGAGCACGGGGCUGUUCACCUGACAUCAGACAAAUAGACCUUGACGUCAACCGCACAUUUAGGGACCAUAUUAUGUUUAGAGACCGAUAUGGUGUUAAGCAACAAUCCCUAUUCCAUGUUCUUGCUGCAUAUUCUAUUUAUAACACGGAAGUUGGAUACUGUCAGGGGAUGAGCCAGAUCACAGCUUUGCUCCUUAUGUAUAUGAAUGAAGAAGAUGCCUUCUGGGCCCUGGUCAAACUAUUCUCAGGCCCCAAACAUGCCAUGCAUGGCUUUUUUGUUCAAGGUUUUCCUAAACUCUUGAGAUUUCAAGAACAUCAUGAAAAAAUACUGAAUAAAUUUCUGUCCAAGCUUAAGCAACACUUGGAUUCUCAAGAAAUCUACACAAGUUUUUACACAAUGAAAUGGUUUUUUCAAUGUUUCCUUGAUCGUACUCCCUUUACACUAAACCUCAGAAUAUGGGAUAUCUACAUCUUUGAAGGAGAACGAGUUCUUACCGCUAUGUCUUAUACAAUCUUAAAAUUACACAAAAAACACCUAAUGAAACUGUCCAUGGAAGAACUUGUAGAAUUUCUUCAGGAGACCCUGGCAAAGGAUUUUUUCUUUGAAGAUGACUUUGUAAUAGAGCAACUUCAGAUUUCUAUGGUAGAACUGAAGCGCGCAAAAUUAGACCUCCCAGAACCUGGUAAAGAGGAUGAAUACCCACGGAAACCUUUGGGACAGCUUCCACCCGAGUCUGCUGGCAUCAGUCACCUGAGCAACGGACAAAGAAGCAUGGGCAGGUCAAGUCCCCCUCUGAACAGCAGAAGAGAGAGCAACUCUUCACCCCACAAAAAGCAUGAGCAUUCCCCUCACCAUCAAGGUCGAGUUGGCACACCAGAAAGAGUAAGGGCGCUGAGAAGGAAAUCCGUGGACGAAGACAGUAAAAAGCUUAAAGACGAAGCAGAUUUGCAAAGAAAACUUCCAUCGGGCCCACAAGACAGUUCGAGGCAAUAUAAUCACGCAGCUGCUAACCAGAACAGCAAUGCCACUUCAACUGUCAGGAAGGAAUUUGUGCCCAAGUGGAAUAAACCGUCAGACACUUCAGCUAUUGAAAAAACUGCCAAAUAUGCCAUCGAAGGCAAAAGUAGGUCAGCACACCCCUCGCUCACAGCCACCGUCCCGAGUUCUGCUGAUACUCGGAUGUCGAAUGUGAGGCAAAAGAUGAAGGUUUGGGAUGUCGAUGAAGGGAAACGGGGCUCCAAUGCAUCCCAGUACGAUAACGUGCCCGAGAAUGAUAACAGCGCGUCUAUUGAAGAGGCGCUAGAAAGAGCUUACUGUCACAGUCCCAGGAAGCAUGUGGAGCCAGGGUCUAGUCCAUCAAGAGCCUCAAACAAGUUUACUUUUAAAGUGCAGCCUGCAGGUUACACAAAAUACCCGUCUCCGUUAGACGGGGAAGAUCGCAGGACAGUGCACCCACCCUCCUACAGUAACCCCCCUGUGUACCACGGAAAUUCUCCCAAACACAUCCCUGCUGCCGACAGCAGCUUUGCAUCGCCACAGUUUACCCAUGGGACUCCAGGGAAUCCUUCCAGGAGACCUUAUGGCUCCACUCUUUCAGUCGAUAUUUCUCCAGAGAAAUCUUACAGCCGCCCUCUUCCUCUUGUCCUGCCAUCCAGCCGAAUAGAAGUUCUUCCUGUGGAGACCGGUGCCGGGGGGUAUUCAGGCAAUUCGGAGUCACCAAAGCAUGGGAAAUUCAUCAUUCCUCCAGUGGAUUAUCUGCCAGAUAACAGGAAAUGGUCAGAAGUUAGUUACACAUACAGACCUGAGACUCACGGACAGCUGUGGACUCAAGAUGCUAACCGUAGCCACUUGAGCAAGUUACCAAAAUAUUCCGCCUUUCAGCAUGUUCCCUUUCAGGACCAUAGCCUCCCAGCAGUCUCAGUAGAUAGUCCAGUGCGAUACAGAACUUCACCAGGUUUAGAAGAUGCCGGUUCCUCUGGGUAUCAAUAUUCAGGGCCCUCGCCUCCAGGAUAUCACUACAGAAAUCGGGAUGGACUUUCUAUUCAAGAAUCAGUAUUGCUGUGA